AUGUCGACAGGCAAAAAUAGCUUAACAUCUUACGGCUUUCCUACAAACAUUCACUUGACUUCACUCAUUUUCUUCUCUCUUUUCCUCGGUUAUGCUCAGCAAGUACCGCAAAAUGCAUACGGUCAUAGCACCGACUAUUUGCUUACUUAUGACUUCAAAAAGAGAAUAAAAGAAACAAUAACUUGGUUUGCUGAAAACUGUUAUAAAUAA